AUGGCCAGUCUCUCCUCCUUCCAAGCCCAAGAAGGCAUUAUCAAACUUCUCACCCUCUUCAUCCUUGCCUUCAGCUGCCUGUCCCUCGUCGCUGCUGCCCCUACAGAAUCCGGUCUGACCACUCUAUCCGACGUCGAGAAGCGCGAUGCCAGCACCCUGAGCCCUCACGACGUCGAUGCGCUCGCGAUCCGCGCCCCAGUUGCCGCUGACAACGAAGUCUCCAAGCGCGAAUCAGCCGGUCUCUACUGGGGUCCGGUAUACAUCGGCAAUCUCAAACUGACGCUCACAAACCCACACGAUGGCUACGCGGGCCCCAAAUUCCCCAACGCCAACCAUAUCAAUUUCCACGUCUACCUCAGAGGGCCCCGAGCCGACUACAAAAAGGAACUGAUAAAUCUGCACAUCGUCCGCUACGGCUCUGGCGGGCGUGAUUGCCUGUACAUGUGGGAUUCGGUCUCCAAGAAGACUAUCUUUGACAAGUGUUUUGAUGAUUGGGGCAACGCGAUCCCGGAAGCGGUGGCGGCCGCAAAGGCGACCGUGGAUACGCUGUUGAAGAAUGCGGAUGCGAUUGCCGCGGUAGCGAUUAUUGCCGCAUUGGGGGUUGCGUUGGCGGCUGUAUUGGCCGGGUUGGGUGUUGCGGUUGUGAUAUAA